GUCAGAGGUCAGAGGUCACAGAUCACACCAGUGUUGCUGUAAAUCCUCAGCAGACCAAUGCUUGUUUGUGUCUUCUGGAAAAAUGUGAACCCAGACUUGAUGUUAAGGCGAGUCGGGGUUAGGUACGUCAGGAUUGCUAAAGUCACAUCGUGCUAAUCCCAAAGCGUUGCUGGACUUAAUCCUGCCAAACUCUAAUGGAGUCAAUCCGUAAAGAUUAAGAGCGGGUGAGUCUUUGGGACUGGACCGUCUGUGACUUGUUCGCUGAAUGUUUGCUGACUGGAGGCAGACUCUUUUUCUAAAUUACAGCCAUAAAAAUGGCAGACUCUAUUUAAACUUUUAUCGGACCUUUUGUUUGUUUUCAGAGUAAACAAGAUGUCCAAAAAGCCCAGCAGGUGGCAGGAGACACCGAUGAACACAAAGACCAACAAACCUCUGCAGGACCAGGAAAAGGUUCUGAUAGCAGGGAAGCAGGCUAAAGCCGGAGCUCACAGUGCAAAAAGCAGCAGAGGAGGAGAAUCAUCUGCCUGUAAAGGUGUUGGUGGAAGCAGAACCAGCCUUGGACACCAGGCUAAUGCCAGACAUGCAUUCAACCCAACUGCAGCGGCUCCCCGCCUGUGCAGCAGCCGGAGCUUUUCGUCCCUCCAGUCAGCAUCUCUCACUGCAGCUCCAUUCAUGAGAAGCAGCCGCUCGCUCAGCAGACUGGAUCAGAAAUCCCCUGAUGCUGACAAAACUGCAUCAAUUUCACCAGUGAAAAAAGGACAAACUACAGGAAGGAAAAUUCUGGAUUCUGUCAGGCUGGCGUCCUCCGUGCAGCAAAUCAGCUCCGCUCAUCCUCAAGCAUCUUCUUCCUUCUCUGCAGCCUCAGUAGGUCAUCAUCACAACAAAGGAAAGAAGCAUACCAAAGAUGGCGUCUACACGCUGUGUUCGAUCACCUCUGGGGUGAAAAGCAACUGGGUCCAAGCAGUUCUGAAAAAUGUGCGGCCAGCUCUCACACAGAACCUCACAAGCUCAAUUUCAGAGAAGAGUGAAGAACAGCUAGAAGAGAACAGAGAUGGUGAACAAAAAGAGGAGUCACACCAGCCGCAGCCUGAAGGAGCAUCGAGCUCAACUGAUGUAGCCUUUUUGUGCUCUUCACCCGCUCCAUCACCAGUUGAUGCUCUGCAGCAGGUGGAGGAGAGUGAAGGAAUGACAGAAUUGUCAUUGUGCGCUGGAAGCAUUCAGAGGGACAGCCCGCCGUCCACAGUGGUGAUUAAUGGUCACCAGGAUUGUGAGGGACACCCAAACUCUGAGCAGAGUUCUCAGAGGUGUGAGAACACCCAGGAAGAGCGACAGGAUUUCAAUAACCUCACCAUCACUACAAGCAAGGACGUUCUGCCUCAUGAGCUGCAAACGGCACAGCUUGUCAAAGAGCUGCAGCAAACACAGAGGGAACUGUCUCGGAUCCAGCAGCUGAACAGGAACCUGCAGGAUGAGCUUCAACAGGAAAAAGAAAUUCAUUCAGGGAAACUUUUUACUUCCCAGAACGGCAUCAGUUCAUCUCCUGAUAAAACUUUGACUUCACAUCACCUGCAGAAGAUAAACCACAACCUCCGCAUGGAGCUAGAUGCCCUGAAGAAGAGUCAGGAGGAGGCCCAAGAGGCUGAACUAUUGAGAAGAGUCGACCUGCUAGCUCAACAAGCUCAGCUGUUAGUCACGGGAGAUGCAACAGCACUUGCUCAGGUCCAUCUGGAGCAGGAUCUCCAGAGGCUUCGGGAACAGAAGGAGGAGUGGGAGCACAGCACGGCCUCCUUAACGUCCCAGCUGAGCAUCAGUGAAGAGAAGAGGAAGGAAGCUGAGUCCUGCUUGCUACAGUUGCAGGAGGAGUUGCAGAGUCAACAAGGUCUCCAAGAAGAGGCUGAACAGCUGAGAAAACAUCUCCAGGAGAUAUCAGCUCAGCUUCGUGCUCACGAGGACACCCAGGCCGAGAAGGAGGCUCGACUGCAGAAUCACCUCACGCUCCUUCAGGCAAGUCAGGAGAGAGAACGAAGGAGCUUGGCUGCUGGCCUGGCUCAGGCUGAGCAGCGUUCGCAGAACCUCCAGGACAAACUAGAACGGGCUGAGCAGCAGCUGGAGACCUUUAGUAAGAGUCAAGCACUGACCAGGGAGAUUGAAGAGGCCCAACAACAGCUGCAGGAGGAACUGGCCAGUACGGUAUCAGCUGUGCAGCAGCUGCAGGAGGAGCGGGAGCAGCUCCGUCAUCGCUGUCAGGAGCUGCAGAGCCAGCUGUCAGAGGCAGACAGGGAGGUGAGCAGGCUUCAGGACCGCUUGAAGACAGAAGAAACACACUACUACAACCUGGAGCACUCGUACGAGAGGGCGUGUGAGGAUCUGCAGCUGGCUUUGGGAAAGGUCCAGCAACGGGAGGCCGAAACGCAGGACAUCAGAGAAGGCUACGAAAGACUGCUGGACAGGAAGGAGCAGGAGCUGAGUGAAGUUUUAUUAAAGAUGGAGGUUCUGGGUAACAGUUUGGAGGAGACAGAAGUGAAACUGAAUGAACGAAUGGAAGGUUGUACCUGCUCCUCUCCGCAGAAGGAUGGCUCCUCAGAGCACACUGAGCUCAGACACAAACAACAACAAACACCUGAGUAUUUCACUGUAAAUGAAAACAGUUCUCAGCAACCGAACAUCGUUAAAGACGUUGAGGUAAGCAGCACAGAUCCGAGAGCACGCUCUCACUCCGUGGACGCAUCCUACCAGUACAUCAUCAGCCCCGGAGACGACCCAGAUAAGUUUGUGUCGGCAAUCCAAGUACUUGAAACAAAGCUGUUUGUCACAGAGGAGAAACUGAGAGACCUAACGCACAGCCUAGAGGAACACCAGAGCCACAUCAGCGGCCAGGAUCCUCACCUCUACUCCCAGCUGACCCAAAGCCGAGCGACCGCCCAGCACCUCAGCCUGCUACUCCACAGUCAGGCCAAACAGAGCCAACGCUUUGCCCAGGAGACGGAGAGCCGCUGCAGGAUGCUGGUCGGUAGGUUUCAGGUGGCGCUGAACAUCGUUCAGGCCUGCAGAGAGAGGCUGCAAGCAACUCCGGUUAACAUCCCAGACAUUGAACGGCAACUGGCCAGUGUUGUUAGCUGCCUUCAACAUGGGGAGAAGGACGCAGAGCGAGUCCAGCGUGACUCACGUAAUGCGUUUAAAGAUGAGGGUAAGAUCCUCAGGGAUGAGAAACUUGCCGGAGCUGAAGGUGACAUCAUUUCUACCUUCACUGACACUCAACCAUCACACGAUAUCUCGAGUGUUGGCAAGCAUUUGAUCAGGGAGCUAUUUGUAAUUGAGAAAAUGGUGUCUGUCCUCCAGACCCAAAAUGGUAUUUGUGAGUUAUCGUCAGCUAAAAGAAAGGACAAGGAAGAUGUUGCCUGCAUUUACAAAAGCCUCAUCUCUCAGAGAAUCAGCCUGAAAGCUGAAGAAAGGACGUCGUCGGGGAGAGCACAAUGGGACAGGGAGGAAUUCCUAGAGAACAAAAUCGGAAGGUUCUGCGCAGAAGCAGAGCUCAUCUACGCUGCUUUAAAACUUCAACAGAGUGUGACUCAAAACAAUCAGGAGGCAGACCAUCAAAGGGAAGGUCUUGCAGAAAUCAGUCCAUCAGAGUUGGCUGCUUACGAGGAGACGGAUAAGUUGGAGGGUAGAAGUUCAAAUGAAGCUGCAAAACCAGUUAGAAAGGAGCAAUCUGAUGAGAAAAAGGCAGAGAAAGAUCAAGGCUUGUUGGAGAAACUCAUAUCUCGGCUGCAGAGGAGGGCUACGUUCCUCUACAAUAUGUGCCAGGAGCUUCCUGAAGAUGAGGUGGACCAUGGAGUGGACAAGGCUUCAACAGAUGACCUAAAUUUUUUUCAGGAGCAAGUCAAGUUGAUAUAUUUAUCAGACAAGCUUUACUUGGACUUACAGCAGGAGGUUCAGCAAACAGAAGUUCUGCAGAACAAUCUGCAAGCUCUCUGCAGAGAGCGCAAGAAGCAGGAGAUGCUGAGCCACACUUUAAAUCAGCUUCAGGAGGACAACGACGUUCUGAAAGAAGAGCUGGAGCUGGCGGAGAAGAAGAUCCUGUCUGCAGAGGCCAGGAACCAAAGACUCCUGGAAGACAUCCAGAACAUGGAGGAUUUUCAGAAGGAGCAGAUGAAAAAGGUUGAAAAUGAGUUUCAGGAAAAGAUCAAAGAACUCCAGCAGAUCCACGAGGAGGAGAUGCAACAAUUACAUGGAUGCUACACCAAAUCUGGUGUUUCCAAAGAAAAAGCCUGCAGCGAGACGUCUCCUCUGAAAGAAGACACCCAUUCUUUAUCUGACCAGGCUACAGCAGGAAGUCACGCCAAAGAGGUCCAAACAGUGGACGUUGAUGCAGCUGCCAUAAGGGAGGAGUAUCUGAGAGAUCUGGAAAAACUACAGGCAUCCUGCGAUCAUGGCUUUGCAGCCAUGGAGGAAAUGCACAAGAAGAUCCUAAAAGACAUCCAGGAAGAGCAUCAGAAGCAGGUGGCUGAACUUCUGAAGGAGAAGGACCAACUUCUGCAGGAGGAAACGGCUGCUACCAUGACUGCCAUUGUAGCCAUCAGAAGAGCUCACAAAAAGGAGCUGGAGAGAAACAAACAAACUCAGCAGAUCAGGGAGAGCGCUGAUGUCACCGAACUGCAAAUGGAAUAUGAGAAGGAGAUCCAAUUACUCCACAAAGAGCUGGAGGUGUUGUCAUCUCAGCACAUGGAGAAAUGCCUGGAGAACACUCAGCUGAGCCAGGAGCUGCAGGAUGAGAGGAGAUUGGUGACGCAGUACCAGAAAGAAAACAAGCAGCUUAAAGACAAGGAGAGAGAGAGAGAUGAGUUGUUUCAGCAACCAGGAAAUCCACAGGUCAGCAAGAUCUACCAGAUGGAGAUGAUUCUGAGGGCCAAAGAUGCAGAGAUGCAAUGUCUCAGAGAUGAGUUGGAAACGACCCGAAUGGUGGACAAAGUUUAUGCAGAGAACAAGGUGAAGGACCUUCAAAGAACAGACAACAGCGAAGCCUUUCAUCAUGCCGGAGCUGAUUCAAAGUUUGCUACCUGGUCUCCAAGCAGAGUCCCUCCAGGACACGGCCCCAACAAUCCUGCAGCAGCAACAGACAAUCCUCCUUUUCCAAAGAAAUCAUCGUUUAUGCGUCAGAUAAGAGGAAUCAGAUCAAAGAGUUUAAAAGAAGGUCUUUCUAUUCAAGAAAAACUGAAGUUGUUUGAAUCAUUCUGAUGUAAGGAAGAUGGGCGACGGAUCCACUCAUCAGGGCAAUUUUUACACGUAUAAUUUUGUCUUACACCUUAGAUUACGUCAUAAUCAUAUAAGAUGUAUAAUGUUUUACAGUGUAAGAAACUUUGUUAGGCCCGAGCAGCGGAAGCACUGCAAAGGCCUCUUGUUCUUCAUUUUUCAUGUCAUUCUUGCAGAAACUUUAUUGGCUUUUUGGAGGCCUUAACCUAUUAAAACUCACCAAAUGUUA